CCAUGUGUGAUUUCGUAAGUUUAUAAUGGCUAGGUUUAGAGGUAGCAUAUUAUAAAAAUGAACAAGUUCAAACAUAUUAUUGCUGCUGUGAAAUUGUAUCGAUCAACUAAACUUGUCACAAGUUCUUUAAAUCCUGUUCUCUUGCGCCCGGAAAACACAUCUUAUGCGCAUCGAAGAUUCUCAUCUUAUAUCGUCGAAUCGGAUGAUCAUUGCAAUGUUGGGACAAUUGGGCAUGUUGAUCACGGCAAAACUACAUUAACUGCAGCAAUAACAAAGAUAUUAUCCAAGGAAGGCCGGGCAAAUUAUGUGCCUUAUGAUCAGAUUGACCGUGCCCCUGAAGAAAAAGCAAGAGGUAUAACUAUCAAUGCAGCUCAUAUUGGCUACAAAACAAGCAAACGACACUACGCACAUACUGAUUGUCCAGGGCAUGCUGAUUAUGUAAAGAAUAUGAUAUCUGGAGCAUCACAAAUGGAUGGAGCAAUUCUAGUCGUAGCUGCUACCGAUGGUCAAAUGCCUCAAACAAGAGAACACUUGUUAUUGGCGCGACAGGUUGGCAUCGAACAUAUUGUUGUAUUUAUCAACAAAGCGGAUCAAGUCGAUGGGGAAGUAAUAGAACUAGUUGAAAUCGAGUUACGAGAACUGCUAGAGGACUUUGGGUUCGAUGGGAUUAACAGUCCUGUGGUUACCGGUUCCGCAUUACUCGCCUUGAAGGGCGAUACAUCAGAACUAGGAGAACCUUCUAUACAACGGUUAUUGAAAGCAAUUGACGAUUAUUUUCCGUCACCUAAAAGAGAUUUCACGUCGCCUUUUCUUCUGCCAAUUGAUAAUGCCUUUACCUUACCUGGCAGAGGAACUGUGGUUAUUGGAACGCUUGCUAGAGGUACGGUGAAGAGAAAUGCUGAAGCAGAGUUGCUUGGUUUCGACGAGUAUGUUAAAACUACUAUAGGAGGACUUCAAGUGUUCCAAAAAGAUGUUAAUCAAGCCAAAGCCGGCGACAACAUUGGUGCAUUAAUAAGAAAUGUGAAAAUUUCUGCAGUUCAGCGAGGUAUGGUUCUUUGCGCUUCAGGUAGUGAAAAAAUGUCCAAUCAUUUUAAUUGUACAAUGUACCUUUUGGCAAAAAACGAAGGUGGACGUGCUAAACCGUUGACAUCAAAGUAUAUACAACAGCUUUUUAGUAAAACGUGGAAUGUUCCUUGUCGUAUAGAUCUUGUUAGUCAGGAAAUGCUCAUGCCAGGAGAUCAUGGAGCCAUUCGACUUACACUUCUAAGAAAAAUGGUUAUGUCCUGUGGACAAACAUUUACCAUACGGGAGAAUGGUAAAACAGUGGCCACUGGAUUAGUAACUGAAAUUCUCAAUUCAGUAGACCUUCCACAGAAGAAAUUAAUUAAAUUGCAGUUGGAUAGUCUUUGAGAUGGCUGAAAAUAUAGACAAAUAAAAAUGUAGUUCUUCUCUAUAAAAUUUUCAUUUCCUUUAUCAAAAACUCUUACCCUAAAUAAUCAAUGCUAUUUCCGGAGCAACGAGCCCAGUUAAUAACAUGCAGAACUUAAGUCAUUGUUGUUUCACAUACAAUCUGUUUUUGAAAAACGAAAAUAAAUGAUAUUUUGCAACAGGUCAAAUGGAUCAAUCUAUGUA